AUGGAUUCCAGCAAGUCUAACAAGAUCAGAGAAAUUGUGAGGCUUCAGCAAAUCCUAAAGAAAUGGAGAAAGCUUGCGAAUACAUCAAAAUCUAGUGGCAACUGCAACAGUAGCAGUAAGAGCAUCAAGUUUCUGAAAAGGACACUCUCACUGUCAGAUAACUCCGUCCGUGAAGCAUCGAGCAAUACCGUCCCAAAGGGCUACCUAGCUGUCUCUGUAGGAGAAGAGCAAAAGAGGUUCAUUAUACCCACGGAGUAUUUGAGUCACCACGCAUUUCACCUUUUAUUGAGAGAAGCAGAAGAGGAAUUCGGGUUCCAGCAGGCUGGUGUUUUGAGGAUUCCUUGUGAAGUAUCCAUCUUUGAGGGCAUCGUAAAGAUGGUUGAGGAAAAGAAAGACUUAUGCUUCAUGCAGGAAUCCCUGGGAUACUGCGCAUCAGAAAGUCAAAGAACUCCAUCUCACCAUCCCCAGAGCCCAUUGUGCAGAUAGCUUCUCCUAACAUUCCAUCUUUUGUAACG